AUAAAACGUCGAAACAGGAAAUGAAGACGCAGCCACGGAGGAAGCAGCUGUUACCUCUGGACAGAUGUCUCGCAGGAAGACGUCCCUGUCCACCUGUGUGAAUAUGGACACCGGUGUCCUCUCCUGCUCCUCCAUGUCCCAGCUGUCCGGGGUAAACACCGAGUGUUACACUCCUAGUGGUCCCCCCAGAAACAAAAUAAAACAACAAGACAAUGUCCGGAGCUUAAAUGAUCAGAGAGUAUUACUCAUUACAAAAAAAAACACUAAAAGUUUGAUUCGUGUUAAAAAACAUCAGUGUCUCCGCGAGCUGCUGCGUCACUAUCUGUGUUUUUAAACUGUUGCACUCGUUCCGUUCCGGAAGAAACAAGCGCUCGGAGGACAAGAGUUCCGAGGCAUUCCAAGAUGGCGCUGCCCAUGUUGAGAGGUUGUUGCAGGGUUCCGUCCCCGUUCAGCCUCGCUCGUCUGCUUCUAAAUGAACGUGUCCUCCCGCUCCGCUCCGGGAACACGCGGCCGCCUCCCCCCGCGGCUGCCGGGGCCCCGCUGCGGGCCUACAGCUCGGACCGGGGCGGGGACAGGCAGAACCAGAAGGUGGUGGUUGUCGGGAUCCCCAACCCCCUCAUCUGGCUCCGCACCCGGGUCUACUACUUCCUGAUCCGGGCCUACUUUGACAAGGAGUUCCGCAUCGAGGAGUUCACGGAGGGAGCGAAGCAGGCUUUCUCCCACGUGUCCAGGCUCCUGUCCCGGUGUCAGUUCGAGGCUCUGGAGGGACUCGUGGCCGAAGACUUGAUUGGGAAGCUGAAGGAGAAGUGCAGCCUGCUGCCACUGAGCAGCCAGAAAGCCCUCUCUGCAGGUCCUGAUCAGAUCAUGUACACAACACCCGGAGACGUGGGGAUCCACUACGACGACAAUGGAAGGAAGUUUGUCAGUAUCCUGAUGCGCUUCUGGUACCUGACCAGCGCGCAGCUUCCUGAAGACACCAUGGAGGGAGCUCGUAUCUUCCAGGUGUCCAUCGGUGGAGAAGGAGAAGCGGAGACGAAAAGACUGCUCACUGCAAUUUAUGAAUUCCAGAGGGAGUUCACUAAAGGAGUUCCACCGGACUGGACCAUCACGAGGAUAGAGCACUCCAAGCUUUUGGAUUAAGCUGGUUUUCGAUUCCAGGCAGAUGUUCCAUUGGAAACUAGUCAAAGAAAAGAGAUUCUCCUCAGCAUUUGGUUUCUGAAAUUGAGAGAUGAGAUGAGCUCAAAUUACCAGAGAGGAACAUAAGACAUGGGAGGUCAGAGAAAAGCACCAGGACUUGGAUUCAGUCACUAUUCUCCAGGAUGCUCUCCACACCUGUCUGCAGUUUGUCAGUGUUUCUGAUUGUGUUCUCCACAAUCCCUUAUAUCCCAGAAACUAAUGACUAGAGCUUGAUCAGAUCUGUGAACUGUUGCUUUGGGAAUCUAAUCAUAGCCUUAUUUGAACUAUUAUACUAAUGCCAGAAAGACGGAGUUCCACAGGGAUGUCAGGUGAUCCCAAAAACCACAUCCUGAUUGUCUGGAACCUGGUGAGAUGACAUCUGUCCCCUCAUCUGCGUUUCUUCUCUUUAAUGUCUCCAGGUUCAUGUAUAUAGAGCCAGAUCAUCACAUGAUAUCUCAGGACACUUCUCACAUAGAGCGGGUUCACGCUGAGGAUUUCACAAUCAUACUAACAGACCCAGAAACUCUCACAAUGAGCGAGAGAGAAAGUUCAGAGGCAGCGACCUCGAGCUGUCGAAGAUCUGCUGCUGCAAACACUUUCAUUUCAAUACAUAAUAUAUGUAUGGUUGUGUGUUACAAUUUGUGUCCAAUGUUCCCAACACAAUACUGUCUUGCGUUGUCGGUUCCUGCUGCGUUCAGUGGACUGAGCUACAUGCAGUGUGUGUACCGCUUGUUGUCUGUAGUGGUUCAGGCAGCUGCAGAAAACCAUUGAUUUGUUUUAUUAAAGGUUUGAGGAAUGUAUGUUGUGUUACUGGAAACUGGCAAGAAAA